AAGGAAGAAAAAGGAAGGGAAGAGAAAAGGGAAGAAAACAGAAAGACAUACAAACAGAAAGAAAGAAAAAGAAUGAAGAAAGAACGAAUAUGCAAAAGAAAGAGUGAAAGAAAGAAAGAAAGAAAGAAAAGAGAGAGAAAGAAAGAAAUAUCCCACUGAUCGCCAUUGAGACGGUGAGUAUUUGAGUAGAUGUGUGUGGACAGUGGCGGAUCCAGUAAGCUCCAUGAUGUUGCAGUAUCCACACAUGAACCUGUAGGCGGCAGCACCGCGAACUACAUGACUGGAAAAAUGGCGGCUGGAAGUGCAGGCGCUGGCGGCCACAACAGUGGCUCGUCGCCUGCUCUGGAGUCCACUUUAGACCGUCGCUUUCAGACUUUAACCAACACAAUGGAAUCCAUUCAGGGACUAUCCCUCUGGUGCAUCGAGAACAAAAAAUAUAACAGCGUGAUCGUGCGGUACUGGAUGAAGUGGAUGCGCAAAUCGGAAGCAUCUCACAGGCUUAAUCUCUUCUAUCUGGCUAAUGAUGUCAUUCAGAACUGUAAAAGGAAAAACGCCAUAGUCUACCGUACCACCUUUACUGAUGUGCUGCUAGAAGCUAUCAAGCUUGUCAGUGCCAUGAAGGAUUCUAAAAUGAUCAAGUCUGUGGGAAGGAUCUUGUCCAUUUGGGAGGAGAGAAAUGUGUAUUCAGAGGAGUUCAUCGGCCAGCUGAGGAACGGAUUAGUUCAGACAGAAGAACCACCAAAAGUUUCAGCUCCUGCCAGCUCCAAAGCUGCCCUGAAAUCCAAGAUUGUGGCUGAGUUUGUGCCCUCAGCAUUUAUCGAGCAUCUGUCCAAGUACAGAAACUCCAUGGAUGACAUUGAACAAAAAGAGAAACAGUUAGCAGCCAUGCGUGUGGAUGUAUGCAGUACAGAGGCUCUGAAGAAACUGAAAGACAAGGCAGGAGGUAAGAGGUUCUCCAGGGAUUUUGAAGAUGGGAGCGCAAAGCUUCAGGAGUUUGUCUCUUUUCUGGAUGGAGAGGUCAAAAAAGGCCCUCCCUUAAUGGAGGCUCUAGAGAACGCAGACAUAUUCUACGAGAUGCAAUAUAAAGAGGUCAAGAUUGUCGCUAAAGCCUAUGAGACGUUUGCAAACCGAGUUUCACACCUAAAGUGUAAGCUCGAUGCACUGAAGGCUAUGCUUCCCGAUCCCAAUGACUCGCCCAUCCCUUCCCCCAUUGAAGAUGCCCCUUCGCCCACAGGCUCAGAGUCGCCCUUCCAUUCCCUGGGUAAGAUUGGUAUCCCAGACCCAGAGCUGGAUGGACAGGCAAUGGAGGAAGACAUGAUUGCUUUGGGUGAUGCUCCCAGCCCUCUCUCAUCUGUUGGGGGUUCCCCAAAACCUGGUGACCCGUUGGGAGACAAAGACAAUCGUGAUGUAGAGGACAUGGAGCUCUCGGAUGUAGAGGAGACUGAAACACCUGCCAUCAUAGUAGAGGAACAUGUGGUUCCUGCUGUUGUGUCCAAGCCAUCCUCUGUUACUGAGAAUGUCACAGAAUCUUUACAAAAUAAGGAAGGCACUCCAACAAAAAAGACCACAGCCCCAUCGGUGACGGGUCCCUCAACAACACAGUCACUGCCAGUGAACCUUGCUGGCGUUGAUCUAGGCAAGAUCAGCUCCAUCCUGAGCACAAUCACAAACGUUAUGAAGAAUUCAGCUGUAGGAGUUAGUCCCGUGUCUCUGUCUUCCCCAAGCAUACCCUCCACUCCAAUCUCAACUCUGAAGAUUCCCCCUACUGCUUCUCCUUCUGCCAACCCACUGGCCAGCUUUCUCUCUAGGGUGGACAUCAACACCAACACCCUACUCAGUGUCCUAUCCAAAACACAAUCCCAAGGUGGUCUUCAGGGUCUUUCGUCUUUACUAAACAACCAAUCAGCAAAGACCACCUCAACUUCAGCUUCAAAUCCUCAAAAACCAUACCUCACCCCUCCAUUAACAGCACAUGCUCAACCACCUCCUAAAGUCAUACCAACUUCAUCUGGUGACACAUUGGCCAGAGAUCCUACCCCUCAAGUAUGUGUGGAUCCCACGUCUACUCAAUCCGAUAUGAUGAACGAGAAAGUAAAUCCCAACUCCUCUGUCAACUCCACCCUGGACUCCAAGAUCGACAACAUCCUCCAAGGGCACUCAUCUCUAAAAGGAUUUAAUUUGGGCUUCCCAUCUGUUCUGCCAUGGCCAAAGGGAACUGUUGAUAGCCCCUUAGCAAAUGCAGAGAACCUUGGUGGAACCCCCGUAAGGGACGAGGCUGGUUCCACACCAACUCAAGAUGAGAUUAUGGAUGUCCCAAUAUCAGAGCCCUUUCUGUAUCAGCAGGGACAAAUAGCAUCUACAGAUGCUAAAUCUACAUUCUCACUUCCAUCUCAACCAGAACAACAUUUUCAUUCUGAUCCAAGAUCACAAGCUGGUACAGAAAUUCACCAGAACAUUGUACAAGCAGAAAAGGCCUCCCAAAGCUCCGUGCCCUCUCUCGCAGGGGCAGAAGCCAACCGGCGUCAACUUAUCAAAGCAAUGGGCUCUACUUCUGUGCCCAGCAACCAGCAACAUUCAAGUGACAAACCUGGUGCCAUACAUCAGGAGCCAAGACGAAAUACUGCAAUCAGUGAUGCAGGACGAGAAGGUAACUUGUAUGGUGAGAUGUAUCGAGAUGGUCAAGUGCAGCAAGUGAUGGCCAACUCGGGCCCGUAUGGAGCAGAGUCGUACCACACCCAAGAUACAAGACAGAAUCUUGCCGAGCCUACCUUCUUCACCUCACCUCUACCACCUAUCCCAAACCUUCCACCUCCACCUCAAGACUUCUUGCCUCCAGCUUCUUCCUUGAGGCCAGGCGGUUCUCACAUUCACAUGAAUUUGGAAGAAACUUACAGUGAAGCUGAAGCAGGUGUUGGUGGCUCGUAUGGCCCAAACUCUAAUUAUGAUGAGCAUUUAUCUCAUGAGGUUCCAAACAGGGAGCCUUUCCAUCCACAUGGGGAUGGGGCAUCUUACUCUGCUAUUCCACCAAACCAUAUCCCCAAAAUCCCACCCAAUGAGACUGUAGAUUACAACCAUCAACAUCUAACAAGAGUGCCUCUGCAGCACCCUCCAAGUAUGCCACGCCACCACAUUGAGUCUCCUCCUGUAAGGGGCUACCAUGAUGACCGAAGCCCUCCACAACCCUUGGCUGAUGAUCCGUACUUUGACCCAUACUAUGAUCAUCCACCUCGUAGCCCCUCUCCACCUCACUAUGACAUGCACUCUGUUUCCCCUGGUGCACAUGAGUAUUUCCCUAAAGAGAUACCACCUCACUAUCCAGAACACAGGGUUCGCCCUCACCUAGAGCACAGGCCUCGGCCUCCCCACCAUGUCCGUGCACCUCACCCUGGGCACUAUCCACCACCUCGGCCCUUCCGUCGACCACCGCCAGUUCCAUAUGACCAUGUACCACCCUUCCCUAGAGGCAAGCAUCCUGGUCCACCUUUUGGAGGACCUCCUAGAGGUGCUGGUCCUUUUUAUCCUCCUAAAAGGCCUUUCCUUCCUCCACGUUACUGAAUUGUUGCUUAUUGUGGUUCUUAAGCU